AACUAUAAAUACUUUUUAACUAAUAAGUUUGAAGAAAUAUUGCAUUGUAUUUAAAGAAGAACAAUUUUGUCUCUUCUUCAUGGAGGUCCUGCAAAGCUGAUCUUGGCAUGUCGAUAUCAACUGAGAAAGCAAACUUAUGGCUUAGAACUUAAGAUAGAGAAUCCGAAACCAAGACUAAGUCCCAUCAACAUUCUUCAAAAUAAAAAAGUUAACAUUGUUUCACCAAUUUUUGAAUUUCUGAUAUCUCUGUUUAUGAGUAGUAACAGUUGCUCUUUCCAUUCUCUUCCUCUUCUUCGCAUGCCAUCUCUACUUUCUCUUUCACUGUCUCUUUCCCUGGCUCACUCACAAAAACAACAAGUAAGAAUCCAAGAUUUCUCAUUUCUCUAACUUCCUCACUUCAUUUCAUCUCUGUAAUGGCUUCUCUGUUUCUUCUCAUUCUAGGACUUCUUCUCACAACCUCGGAUGGUUUCGAAGAAGUAGAACCACCAUUAAUGGAGAUGGAACAACAAGAGCUUUCUGGGCUUUACGAAGUAUUAAACUCUCUCCUAGAUGAUCAAGAUUGGGCUCAAAUGCAUCCACAGCCAUGUUCAGAAACUCCAUGGCCAGGACUUCAAUGUGAGGUUGGACAAGAAAACCUACCACUCUUCCAUGUCACUAAAAUCCACAUUGGACUUGAUAUUACAAACCCACCAUGUAAACCAUUUGCCAAGAUUCCAACAAAAGCUCUACUCAAAUUACCAUAUCUGAAAACCCUAUCAAUCUUUAACUGUUUCAUUUCACCAGUCUAUUUACCUUCAUCUCUUUUCACUUCAUCUUCUUCCUUGGAACACUUAACCCUCAAAUCAAAUCCAGGCCUUCAAGGGACAAUCCCACCAACAUUGGGUCAAAUCACCAGUUUAAGAGUUCUAUCUCUUUCACAAAACGGUUUACAAGGUCAAAUCCCAAAAGAGCUAAAUGGGUUAGUCAGUUUGGAGCAGCUAGACUUGAGUUACAAUAACCUCACCGGUCAAAUCCCUCAACAUCUUCAAGGGUUGAGAAAUUUGCUCAUUUUGGACCUCAGCUACAAUUUCUUUAAAGGGAAGAUCCCUUCUUUUCUGGGUCAGAUUCCUUUUCUUCAAAAGAUUGAUCUGAGUUACAACAUGCUUGAAGGGAUCAUACCUAAAAGUUUAGGGAAACUAAAAAGGUUAGUCCUUCUUGAUCUAAGUCAUAAUCUUAUAAAUGGUCCAAUCCCGGAAGCCCUUUCAGGUUUAGAGGAAUUAGAAUGUCUUAUGAUUGAAGGAAACCCAAUUCAAACUGAACUGCCCAUUUUCAUAACUGCCUUAAACAAGCUUACUGUGAUUAGAUUCUCAGGCUGUGAACUAUUUGGACCAAUACCCACUAAAUCUUGGUCAAAUUUGAAAAAUUUGAAAUCUUUGUAUUUAGAUGGAAACAAUCUAAAUGGAACAAUCCCUUCAGAAUUAGGGACAAUGCCGAAUUUGUGUCAAAUGAAUUUGAGCCAAAACAGGCUGAGUGGGGAGGUGAUUUUGAAAGAAGAAUUCAUAAAUAGGAUUGGAAAUAGGCUGGAUGUGUCUGGAAAUGAUGGGUUAUGUAUAAAGAAAAGUGUUUCGAUUUCAAUUUCCAUAUCUUUAGAAAUUCCAUAUUGUGUGGAGACAAAUGCAGAGGUAUUAAAGAAUAAAGGGAAUAAUGGGUCUGGUUCAUUGGUUGAUCAAACAGGGGAGGAUUCCAGCACUUUGAAGAAGACUCCUUCUUCUUCAUCAUCUAGGGUUUACCAUCUUCAUCAGAAUCUCAUUAUUAGUCUUACUACUUUUCUCUUCAUUUCUGUCAUGUUCUUAGUAGUAUGAUUCUCUCAUUCUGUUAAGUUUGAUUAUGUAAAAUGAAAUUGUGUUACUU